UGCCGGGAGAUCCUCAAGACGUUAAAGUGACGCCGAUCAAUUCUACCGCGCUACACGUCGAAUGGAAACCUCCGAAAUCGAAAGAACAGAACGGCGUGAUUAGGGGCUAUCAUGUACACGUGCACGAAGUGAGGGAGGAGGGAAAGGAUCUGUUGAACGAACCGAUACGACGCGUGCAAGAGGACGGUGUGUUGGAAAUGAAUAUUACCGGUUUACAACCCGACACCAGAUACUCGGUCCAAGUAGCUGCUGUGACGAGAAAAGGCGACGGCGAUCGUUCCGCGCCAAUGCACGUGAGAACUCCCGGAGGUGUACCAAACAGGCCUCAAGUAAACGUAAAAGUUUUGAACAAAGAUCGCGACAUGCUCGAACUCGAUUGGGUGCAACCGACGCAAACUUACGGCGAGCUACUCGGCUACAGGAUUAGGUACGGGAUUAAAAAUCAAACGCUGAGGGAAGAAUUCAUCCAAGGAACUCGCCAGCACACCUACAGGAUCACGGAUCUCGAAGAACGGGGCGUAGACUACGAGUUCAGGGUAGCUGGGCAAAACGCGAUCGGCUUCGGGCAGGAGACGGUACGGUACUGGUUCAGUCCCGAAGGAGAGCCGACCGGUCCCCCGACGAAUUUGUCCUACUUUUUCCAAACUCCCGACACGGUGUGCGUGACCUGGGACAGGCCGCUGCGACAGCAUAGGAACGGUCAGAUAAUCGGGUACGACGUUCAGUUCAACAAGAAGAACGAUCACUCGACGACCGUGGACAGGAACACGACCAAGACUAGGGCUGUUUUCACAAACCUGGAGGAAAAUACCGAGUACGUGUUUCACGUGAGGGCGCACACGUCGAAAGGCAGCGGUCCGUACUCGGAGAAGAUCACGAUCGUAACGGAGAAAGACAUCGGCCGGGCACCGAUGUCCGUGAAAGCUGUGGCCACGUCGGACACGAGCGUGGAAGUCUGGUGGGAGCCGGUGCCGAAUCGUGGCAAGAUCAUCGGUUAUCAAAUAUUUUACACGACCACCGCGGUCGAAGAUCUGGACGAGUGGAAACAAAAGACCGUCGGUCUAACCGAGUCUGCCGAUCUGGUCAACUUGGAGAAGUUUACUCAGUACGCGAUCACAGUUGCGGCCAGAUAUAAAAACGGCCUGGCAAGACUGAGCGAGAAAGUGACGGUUAAAGUGAAGCCCGAGGACGUACCGUUGAAUCUAAGAGCACCGGACUCCUCCACUCACUCGAUGACUCUCUCUUGGAGACCGCCGAUAAGACUGAACCCUAUGCACUACAAAGUCUCUUUCGACGCUGUCAAAGAGUUCGUCGAUUCGCAGGGUAUCACGCAAACCCAGAUGGUUCCGCGUAGACAGAUUCUGUUGGAUCCUAGCGUAACCACUACCACGAUAAACGAGCUACAACCGUUCACCACGUACAACGUGAACGUGAGCGCGGUGCCGCGGGACAGUCAGUACAGGCCACCGGCUAAAAUUACGGUCACCACUCAAAUGGCCGCCCCGAAGCCCAUGGUCAAGCCGGACUUCUACGGCGUGGUGAACGGCGAGGAGAUUCAAGUGAUCUUACCCCAGGCUUCCGAAGAGUACGGGCCAAUUUCCCACUACUACUUGAUCGUCGUGCCCGAAGAUAAAUCGACGGCGAACAAGCAGCCCGACGAAUUAACCGAGGACAUGAUUGCGGGCAAGGGAACCAAGCAGGAGAAGGACAACGCUCCGUACAUCGCCGCGAAAUUCUCCCACAGAGAUAUACCCUAUACCUUCCAUCUUGGCAACGGAGACAUCUACGAAGGUUACGAGAAUCGCAAGCUCGAGAAGAACAAACGAUACCGGAUUUUCGUUCGAGCGGUCGUAGACACACCGAGAAAGCACUUGUACACUUCGUCGCCCUUCUCCGAGUACUUGUCCCUCGAUAUGAGAGAAGUGCCGCCCGGUGAACCGCCUCGACGUCCCAAUCCGAAUACCCCGGUCGACGGAAAUCCGGAAGUUUCGGUAAAAACCAGCGGGCAAGAGCCGGGUAUGGUGUGGGUGGUCGGACCGAUAAUAGCGGCGUUGAUGGUCAGCGUAUUCCUCGUGCUUCUCUUCGUAAUCAAAAAACGUAGGCAACCCUGCAAAGCUCCCGAUCAAGCGGCUGUGACUAGACCGCUGAUGGCUGCUGACAUUAGCUCGAAUCACGCGCCGUCCGAUCCGGUGGAGAUGCGCCGUCUAAACUUCCAAACGCCCGGCAUGGCUUCUCAUCCUCCGAUCCCCAUCAGCGAACUGGGACAUCACAUCGACCGUCUGAAAGAGGGCGACAAUCUGAAAUUCAGUCAAGAAUACGAAUCGAUAGAGCCCGGACAACAAUUCACAUGGGACCAUUCCAACAUGGAGAUAAACGCCUCGAAGAAUCGAUACGCGAACGUGAUCGCGUACGAUCAUUCCAGGGUAAUUCUACAAACGAUCGACGGCAUAUCUGGCACAGACUACAUAAACGCGAAUUACUGCGACGGCUACAGAAAGCAGAACGCGUACGUAGCCACGCAGGGCCCGCUUCAGGAGACCUUCGGCGAUUUCUGGCGAAUGUGUUGGGAACUCAAGUCCAGCACGAUCGUGAUGAUGACGAAACUGGAGGAGAGAACGAGGAUAAAGUGCGAUCAGUAUUGGCCGAGCAGAGGGUCCGAGACUUACGGUUUAAUGACAGUCACCAUCACCGAUAUGCAAGAAUUGGCCACCUACUGCAUCCGUACCUUCCAGAUAUCUCGAGCUGGCUAUUCGGAAAGACGGGAGAUAAAACAGUUGCAAUUCACAGCCUGGCCGGACCACGGUGUGCCCGAACAUCCCGCUCCGUUCUUGCAGUUCCUGCGCAGAGUCAGAUCCCUCAAUCCUCCGGACAGCGGACCGCUGAUCGUCCACUGUAGCGCCGGCGUUGGAAGAACCGGUUGUUUCAUCGUCAUCGACUCGAUGCUCGAGAGGAUCAAGCACGAGAAAAUGAUCGACAUAUACGGCCACGUGACCUGUCUACGCGCUCAAAGGAACUACAUGGUCCAAACCGAGGAUCAGUACAUAUUCAUUCACGACGCACUUUACGAAGCGGUGAUUUGCGGAAGUACCGAGGUGCCGGCCAGAAAUUUGCACUCUCACAUUCAGAAACUGAUGCAGCCGGAGCUGGACAAUAUCACCGGGAUGGAGCUCGAGUUCAAGAAAUUGUCCAACAUCAAGGUGGACUCGUCGCGAUUCAUCUCCGCCAAUCUUCCUUGCAACAAGCACAAAAAUCGACUGGUCCACAUUUUGCCGUACGAGUGUACCAGAGUAUGCCUGCAGCCUCAACGCAACAUCGAAGGGUCCGACUACAUAAACGCCAGCCUGAUCGACGGAUAUCGGUAUCGAGGUGCUUACAUCGCGACACAGGGACCCCUCUGCGACACCACCGACGAUUUCUGGCGUAUGCUUUGGGAGCAUAACUCCACGAUCGUGGUCAUGUUGACGAAAUUGAAAGAAAUGGGUAGGGAGAAGUGCCAUCAGUACUGGCCGUCCGACAGGUCGAUCCGUUACCAGUGUUUCGUCGUCGAUCCCAUCGCCGAGUACAACAUGCCCCAGUACAUCUUGAGAGAGUUCAAAGUGACGGACGCGCGGGACGGAGCGAGCCGUACGGUCAGACAAUUCCAGUUCAUCGACUGGCCCGAACAGGGUGUACCGAAAUCCGGCGACGGAUUCAUCGAUUUCAUCGGGCAGGUGCACAAAACCAAGGAACAAUUUGGUCAAGACGGGCCGAUAACCGUGCACUGUAGCGCAGGCGUUGGAAGAACCGGAGUUUUCAUCACGCUCAGCAUCGUCUUGGAGCGUAUGCAGUACGAGGGAGUGGUCGACAUCUUCCAGACGGUCAGAAUAUUGCGAACUCAACGGCCAGCCAUGGUUCAAACCGAGGACCAAUAUCAAUUCUGCUAUCGUGCCAGUUUGGAAUAUCUCGGUUCGUUCGAUCAUUACGCCAACUGACAACCCGACACCCGCGAGGACAGAAGAGAUCGGCAGAGAAACGAGCGAGGAGAGGUCGGUGACCGGGCAAAAGUGCGGCGCGUCUAGUGCCGUAAAGUACUCCAAGAGUAUCUAAGUUUCCAAGUAUGUAGCCUACACCACGGUAAAUAGGCCCUUCCACCGGGCAAAUAGGUACUGCAGUAGGAGAGGGCGAGAAAUUGUUUACUUGUCGGGCAACUAACGAAACGCGUAGUAGCCAAGUAUCUUAUUGCGAAUGGUGUUGUUGCAGCGGUCUCGGGGUCUUGGAACGCGGAAACCUUUCGUUUUUAACGGCAUCCUAAUAUAAUACAUAUGCCGAACUGAACUUUUAUCGAAGGGACAAGAGUGCCGUUUACCAAAUCUACGGCUCAGAAUCGUAGGAAAACAAUCAUAUCUGUAGAAAUAUUAUUUACCGAAACUUCGUUUACAGUUCAAACGGAACAACAACAAAUAACAAACUAUAGAGCCACACGCACAGGGAAUAAAAGAGCUCGGACUAACUUUUCGAGCCAGGAGUCGAAGAGGCAAUAUCGAGGAAAAGAUCGUGUAAUCGAAUGUUCGAUCACUGAGACAUAUCCAACUCGAUGACAAUUCGGGGCCACCUUGCGAUUACGCCCUUCUGCCGUAGAAGAGAAAAAAGAAGAAAGA